CAUGCAAUCAAAAACAAUGCCAUUUCCCAAGUAAAGGGAUUUUGAGUGAAUGACAAGAGAUUAGUUUAGUAAGACCUCACAAAAGCAUGAGGGAACUAUCUGGGGAAAAUUGAAUUCUUGGCCUUUACAAUCAGUGCCAUAUAUCCCGUAACAGGGAAUGUGAACAACAGCAAGGGCAAAGUACCUAAAAGCUGUAAAGAAAGCAGUUGCGAGCAAUCCUGGCAUAGCUGCUGGCCUUAUAAGGAUGCAUUUUCAUGAUUGUUUUGUCAGGGGAUGCGAUGCUUCUGUGCUACUGAAAUCCACACCGCGCAACAAAGCAGAACGGGAUAGUCCUGUCAACUACCCAAGUUUACGAGGCUUCGAGGUAAUUGAUGAAGCUAAAGCACAGAUUGAGGCUGUCUGUCCUGGAACCGUCUCCUGCGCCGAUGUUAUUGCUUUUGCUGCCAGGGACAGCGCCUACAAAGCAGGAGGAAUAUACUACGCCGUUCCCGCCGGACGCCGUGACGGACGGAUUUCAAUUGAGGACGAAGUGAUCCAGAAUCUGCCUGCACCCAACCUCACCGCAUCGGCACUUGUCAAGAAUUUUGCAAGGAAGGGGAUGUCUGUGGACGAGAUGGUAACACUUUCCGGGGCACAUUCCAUUGGGGUUUCUCACUGCUCUUCCUUCUCCGGACGCCUCUACUCCUUCAACGCCACUCCUCCUCAAGACCCAUCUUUGGACCCAAGUUACGCUGCUUUCUUGAAAACCAAGUGCCCCAGGACAUUGAUGAACAGCCCUUUAACAACAGGGAUGGUGGUGAACAAUGCGAGGCACGGUGCUCUGUGGGCUAAGAAGUUUGCCAAGGCAAUGGUGCAUAUGGGUUCCCUCGAUUUGCUCACCGGUACCCAAGGUGAAGUCCGGAGGCAUUGCAGUGUCGUGAAUUAGGAGAGCCUUUGCAUUUGUUUGCUAUCAUAAGUAUUUGAUUUCAUAUAUUGCGAAAGUUUGAAUUCUUUUAUUUUUUUAGCUCAAGACACAGAAAUGUAAUUGUAAAUCAUUUUUUACCGUUGAUAAGGUCAAAUAUAUGAAACAAAUGUGAUUUGAUUUU